UAAACCCACACAAACCCACAAUGGUAGCCCAAUACCACAAGCAACCACCUGUCUCUCUCUCCUCUCUCGUCGUCUCAAUCUCUAGAAGAAGCAUUUGCUCGGAAGGAUAAUCAACUCCAAUGGCAUCAAGGAUGGCUGCAAGGUUUGUUACUCGGAGGCUGUCAAGCAGUGGAAAAGUGCUUAGUGAGGAGGAAAGAGCUGCAGAGAACGUUUACAUUAAGAAAACCGAGCAAGAGAAGCUGCAGAAACUUGCACGUAAAGGCCCUAAACCAGAAGAGAACCCAACUGCAAGCUCAGAGGGCUCGAUAUCUGAUGCCAAACCAAGUGGCUCUACCUCUGGAGAAUCAACUGCCAAAGUAUCCACUGACAAGUACCGGAAUUAUGCUGUUGUAGCAGGUGUUGUAACUGUUGGCGCUGCUGCAGGUUGGUAUCUCAAAUCUAGUGGAAAGAAACAAGAAGUGCAGGACUGAGAUUAGUGUGCUUUGGUAUGAACAAUUGAAGCAUCAGUUGUCAUAACACUUUCUGGUUAGCAUAGAAAUAAAUCAAACUACGAUCCGUCUCUGUUUCUGGCGGAUAUGUGUUGUGUUGAGUUUUUGUUAUAACCUUUUCUGUGUUGGGAAAUAUAUACAUAAUGGAAGGUAUUCUGCAGCUUUCAAUUUUCCA